CCCGCGCGGGGCGAGUGUCGCGGCCGGAGCGCCCCGGCGGGAGCCCCGCGGCGCGGGAGGAUGAGCGCCCCGGUGGAGCCCAGGAUCAAACAGGCGCUAAGGAAGAAGCCCACGGAGCGCACUCCCGAGGACUUAAACACUAUCUAUUCUUUCCUUCAUGGACUAGACAUACUCUCGCAUUUCAGGGAGCAUCAGCUGAGAAUAAUGUCAUCGAGUGCCCGCUAUGAGAGGUACAAGGGCAACCAAGUCCUCUUUUGCUCAGAAACUAUUGCAAGAUGCUGGUAUAUCCUACUUUCUGGAUCUGUGCUCAUGAAGGAUUCCAUGUUUUUACCACCUUGCAGUUUUGGCAAGCAGUCUGGAGGAAAGCGAGGAUGCGAAUGUAUCAUAUUGGAGCCUUCAGAAAUGAUUGUGGUGGAGAACUCCAAAGACAAUGAGGAAAACAUCUUGCAAAGAGAGGUCCCUCUCCGGCAGUCCCGCCGGAGGUACAGGAAGAUCAACCAGCGGGGCGAGCGCCAGACCAUCACAGAUAACGUGGACACCAGCAGCUACGUGUCGCUCCCAGCUGACCUUACCAAGAUGCACCUCACGGACAAUCCCCACCCUCAGGUGACACACGUGCCCUCCAGCCAGUCUGGGUGUAGCAUUGCCAGUGACUCUGGGAGCAGCAGCCUGUCUGACAUCUAUCAGGCCACAGAAAGUGAGAUGGGAGAUGUUGAUUUAACGGGUCUUCCAGAAGCACCUGUAGACUCUGAAGAUGAAGAAGAGGAGGAGGAUGAAGACAUUGACAGAACUUCCGAUCCACUUCUAGGGAGAGAUGUUGUCCGAGAGUGCCUUGAGAAAGAGCCUGCAGAUAAAACUGAUGAUGACAUUGAGCAAUUAUUGGAAUUUAUGCAUCAACUCCCUGCCUUUGCAAACAUGACCAUGUCUGUGAGAAGAGAGCUUUGCUCAGUGAUGAUCUUCGAAGUGGUGGAGCAAGCAGGAGCCAUCAUCCUCGAGGAUGGCCAAGAGCUCGAUUCUUGGUAUGUUAUUUUAAAUGGCACAGUGGAAAUCAGCUAUCCUGAUGGGAAGAGCGAGAGUCUCUGUAUGGGAAAUAGUUUUGGGAUUACUCCCUCUCUGGACAAACAGUACAUGAAUGGAGUGGUCAGAACCAAAGUAGAUGAUUGUCAGUUUGUGUGUAUAGCCCAGCAAGACUACUGGAGGAUUCUGAACCAUGUGGAAAAAAACACUCAUAAAGUGGAGGAAGAGGGAGAAAUUGUGAUGGUGAAGGAGCACAGGGAGCUGGAUCGCAGUGGAACCAGAAAAGGCCACAUAGUUAUCAAGGCAACACCCGAGCGACUCAUCAUGCACUUAAUAGAAGAACAUUCUAUUGUGGAUCCCACCUACAUUGAAGAUUUCCUUUUAACAUACAGAACAUUUCUAGCAAGCCCCUUGGAAGUUGGAAAUAAACUCUUGGAAUGGUUCACAGUGGACAGCCUCAGGGAUAAGGUUACCAGAGUGGUCUUACUGUGGGUGAACAAUCAUUUUAAUGACUUUGAAGGAGAUCCUGCCAUGACUCGAUUCCUGGAAGAAUUUGAAAAGAACUUGGAAGAUACGAAGAUGAAAGGCCAUCUCAGGUUGUUGAAUAUUGCCUGUGCUGCCAAAGCAAAAUGGAGACAAAUCACGCUGCAAAAACCUUCCCGAGAUUCCCCCCUGUUUUUCAGCCUCCUCGGGGGCAGUGACAAGGGCUUUGGUAUUUUUGUAGAGACUGUGGAGAUGGGCAGUAAAGCAGCAGAGGCUGGACUCAAGCGUGGUGAUCAGAUAAUGGAAGUAAAUGGACAGAACUUUGAGAACAUUACCUUUGUGAAAGCUCUGGAAAUCUUAAGGAACAACACACAUCUCUCCAUUACUGUAAAAACAAACAUUUUUGUGUUCAAGGAGCUGCUCUGCAGGAUAGGACAAGAGAAGAAUGGAAUUCCACAUAUUCCAAAAAUUGCAGAAAAGAAAAACAACCGUUAUUCCAUCCCAGAUAUGCCUGGAGAUGUGGAACAGAUGUUUCCCCGGGAAAAAGGAAACAAGAAAAUGAAAGCAAACACUGUAUCUGGUGGCAGAAACAGAAUCAGGAAAAUCUUAGACAAGACCCGUUUCAGCAUCUUGCCUCCAAAACUGUUCAGUGACGGCAGCGUGAGCCAGUCACAGGACGACAGCAUCGUGGGCACCCGGCAGUGCCGCCACAGCCUGGCCAUCAUGCCCAUCCCAGGGACCCUCUCCUCCAGCAGCCCUGACCUGCUCCAGCCCACAACCAGCAUCCUGGACUUCUCUAACCCCUCAGCUGUUGGGUUUUACUAUAUCCCGGAUCAGGUGAUAAGAGUUUUCAAAGCGGAUCAGCAGAGCUGUUACAUCAUCAUCAGCAAAGACACCACAGCCAAGGAGGUGGUGAGCCACGCUGUGCACGAGUUCAACCUGACAGGGGCCCCCGACACCUACUCCCUGUGCGAGGUGUCCGUCAGCCCCGAGGGCGUCAUCAAACAGCGGCGCCUCCCGGAUCAGUUCUCCAAGCUGGCCGACAGGAUCCAGCUCAACGGACGGUAUUAUCUAAAAAACAACAUGGAGACAGAGACCUUAUGCUCAGACGAGGAUGCUCAGGAGCUGCUCCGGGAGAGCCAAAUUUCCCUGCUCCAGCUGAGCACCAUCGAGGUGGCCACCCAGCUCUCCAUGAGGGACUUCGAGCUGUUCCGCAACAUCGAGCCCACGGAGUACAUCGAUGACCUCUACAAGCUGGACUCCAAAACAGGGAACGCUCACCUGAAACAGUUCGAGGAUGUCAUAAACCAAGAGACCUUCUGGGUUGCCAUGGAAAUUUUAGCAGAGCCCAACCAGCUCAAAAGAAUGAAGAUUAUUAAGCAUUUCAUUAAAAUCGCUCUCCACUGUCGAGAAUGCAAGAACUUCAAUUCCAUGUUCGCGGUUAUAAGUGGGUUAAAUCUUGCGCCAGUAGCUCGGCUCAGAGGCACUUGGGAAAAGUUACCCAGCAAGUAUGAAAAGCACCUCAGAGACCUUCAAGAUCUUUUUGAUCCAUCUCGAAACAUGGCAAAAUACCGCAACAUCCUGAGCAGCCAGAGCAUGCAGCCUCCAAUUAUCCCACUUUUCCCUGUUGUCAAGAAGGAUAUCACGUUCCUGCAUGAAGGCAACGAUUCCAAAGUGGAUGGCCUGGUGAACUUUGAGAAGCUGCGAAUGAUUGCCAAGGAAAUCCGCCAAGUUGUCCGAAUGACCUCGGCAAACAUGGAUCCAGCUGUGAUGUUCAGGCAAAGGAAGAAGAGGUGGAGAAGUUUGGGGUCUCUGAGCCAGGGCAGCACGAACUCCAACAUGCUGGAUGUGCAGGGAGGUGCCCACAAGAAGCGUGCCCGCCGCAGCUCGCUGCUCAACGCCAAGAAGCUCUACGAGGACGCGCAGAUGGCCAGGAAGGUGAAGCAGUACCUGUCCAACCUCAACGUGGAGACAGACGAGGAGAAGAUCCAGAUAUUGUCACUCCAGUGUGAGCCUGCCUACAGCACUUUGACAAAGAAUUUAAGUGAGAGAAGAGGAGGGAAAUCCUCCGAAAUGUCUCCGGUGCCCAUGAGGUCAAUUGGCCAAACCACAAAAGCCCAUCAGCAUCAACAGAACAGAAUGAGUCAAGUUCUUCAGGUGCCAACUGUGAAUUUGUACCCCAGCAGGAAAAAGGGGCUGACGAAGGAACAUGUCACAUUCAGUACAGGCUCCCCACAGAAGUCAUUAAGCUUGUCUGAGGAAGUAAGUAGUAAGAAACAAACAGAUGACACCAUGUCCAUGGCAUCUUCUUUGCACUCCAGCCCUCCUGCUUCUCCUCAGGGCUCCCCACGCAAAGUUGGCAACACGCAGAGGUCGGAUAACUGCAGUCAGAUGAACCUCUCUGGCUCUUCCUCCUCACUGGCCAGCGAGACCAGCAACAAGACCAGUGGCCAGCGCAGCUACGGAAUAGGCUACGCCCUCAUCCCUUCCACUAAAUCCGACAACUUCUCCGACUCCAGUCACAGCGAGAUCUCGUCCCGCUCCAGCAUCGUGAGCAACUGCUCCGUGGAUUCCAUGUCGGCAGCACUGCAGGACGAGAGGGGCUUGUCCCAGUCCCUCAUCGUGGUGGACUCCAGCGGGGCAGAGAGGAAGGAGCAUCCCCAGCCACUGGUGGAUUAUGGCCAGCCCUGCCCAGGCUGGUCGAUCACGAGGCCUGCCCUGAUCAGAGGGAUGGCUUUCACCUCCUCCAUGAGCAGCGAGGAGAUCUCCCACGAGCACAUCACGGUGGAGGCAGCAGACAGCGGCCGGGGCAGCUGGACUUCGUGCUCCAGUAGUUCUCAUGACAACUUCCAGAACAUCCCCAACCAGAAGAGCUGGGAUCUCCUCAACUCUUACCGUCACACCCAGCUGGACGGACCUAUAGCUGAAGUGGAUCCCACAAACUGUUACUCUGAGGAGGGUUAUUUGUAUUCCGAAGCCUUUUCCAAAGCCAACAGGCAGUCGAAAGCCAGCGUGGAGCUCGAUCAGUCCCGGCAGAGCUGGGCCUCCUCCAGCUCCCUGUCAGACACCUACGAGACAAACUAUGGGACAAUUAAGCGCAGGGGGCUGGAGAACUCCACGGCCGAGCAGACGGAGGUUUUGGACUCUAAACCAGGCGCUGAUACAACUUACAAAACUGUUACUUCCAGUACAGAAAAAGGCCUGAUAGUGUACUGUGUCACCUCACCUAAGAAGGACGAUAGGUAUAGGGAGCCACCGCCCACCCCUCCGGGAUAUAUGGGGAUUUCUUUAGCGGACAUAAAGGAAGGAUCGCCCCACCACCCACACCUCAAACCUCCAGACUAUAGUGUGGCAGUGCAGAGGUCAAAGAUGCUGCACAGUGACCUCUCUAGACUUCCAGCAGCUCCUCUGGGUGGUGACUGUCUCUCCUCGAGGACGCCCCAGUGGCACGGCCGGCAGCCGUCCAGCCCCAAACUAGCAGAUAUGCCUGACGCAGAUAGUGAAGAGGAUGAAGAUGAACAAGUAUCAGCAGUUUAAGCGCUGGGCUGUUUGUGUGAACCACUCUCAGCCCGAGGGAUGUGGGGACAAGGACCUCGUGGUUCUGUUAGCGACCGCUAACGACUUGCUGCUACUGACCUCAGACCUUUGCCCCUGCCCUGGACGAGAUGGAACGGGUUGGAUUCUCCUCUCUACACCCUCCUUCACUCUGCCACCCCCUAAGCAAGCUCUUUCUGCCUGGGAAAUAGAAAGUCACAUUCCAGGAGUGUGCUGACUGCCCGGAUACCAGCACUGGUACCCAGAGAUGGACCGAGCUUGGUGCAUGGGGAGGACCAGUUGUCACCACCACUUGAAACUCAAAAGCAUUCUUCUGUAUGAUACCAUGUAAUCCUUUGGUAGUUUUCCAUUGUCCUUAUUUUCUACAUGACCAUUAGAAAUCUGAGAGUGUUAUUUUAUGAACUUCGGAAAAAAAAAAUUAUAUCAAAAUGUCAGCAAAAGCAAAGGACAUUGCUGAAGUAUCUGAAAAUAAUUUAUUAAUUUAAAUUUUUUUUUAAAUGGGAAUUUCCUUUUAUUUGUGUUGGGAGUGCUCUGGUUGGCUAAUAUAAAUGUUUAGUCAAUGUGACAGUAAAUUAGCUACACAUCCACUGCUGUGCUCUCAAAAUAAACACAGAAAACUA